UAUAAGUUAGUGCGGUAUAUUGCAAAAAAUAUAUAAUUUCCGGUCCGUCGAAAAACAGCACGUCAAAAUGAAUGCUCCUCCAACUUUUGAGUCUUUCCUUCUGUUUGACGGCGAAAAGAAAAUCACCAUUGAAAAAGAUACUAAAGUGCCAAAUGCUGCAAUAUUUACAGUAAAUAAAGAAGAUCACACACUAGGAAACAUGAUCUGUUCACAGUUGUGGAAAGACCCUCAAGUGCUGUUUUCUGGAUAUAAAAACCCUCAUCCAUUGGAGCACAAAUUUGUGUUAAGAGUACAGACGACCUCAGACUACAGUCCUCAGGAUGCAUUGACAAAUGCCAUCACUGAUCUCAUUAGUGAGUUCUCACUUCUGGAAGAAAGAUUCAAGGAUGCAGUAAGAGAGCGACAGGAUGGUGACAUAUGAAACAAGACUCUAAAACAUUAUUGUAAAAUGUACAAACAAUUGUAUUUCAACAGAAUAUGUAUUUUGUUGAAAGUAUAGGUUGGGCUGGCCUGAACCUGAAGGAACAUUAUACAUUGGUUCCCAUAAUGGACACAUGAGAAUCUGUCAAUCACAGGAACAGAAGCAUUUGAUUGUCUUUUAUCAUUUCAUUUCAACAUGUUGAUAACCAUGUACAUUCAUUUCUUAGAUAAAUCCAUGAUUAAAAGAUAUACAUGUAAACUUUU